UCGUCAGUUUCGCUUUCGAGAAUCAAAAUUCACGCCGUACGCCGUCGUUUUCGAUGCUCCGUGAAAUUAAGUACUUUUAAGCCCGUAAUGUGAUUCUGUUUAUUAUAUAAUAAUGAUAAUUUUGAGUUGAGAAGAGCGUGAAGUUGCUGUUUGACAAUGGCGAUACCACCUUACAUGCUGCCCCCUGGGUGGGCAUCUGUUAUGGUGCAGCAGCAGCAAAUGCAUGCUGCUGCAGUCCAUGCGCAGAUGCAAGCAGCACAACAGCAACAGUUACAGCAACAACAGCAGCAGCAACAUGUUCUGCCGUUCCCUACGCAGCCUAAACUCCCAGAAGCUUUAAGCGAGGAGAAGCUUCAAGAAAAAGCACAAAAAUGGCAGCAGCUUCAAUCCAAAAGAUUUGCUGAAAAAAGAAAGUUUGGGUAUGUGGAUGCACAGAAAGAAGAAAUGCCCCCAGAACAUAUAAGAAAAAUCAUCCGUGAUCAUGGAGAUAUGAGUAGUAGAAAGUACAGACAUGACAAGCGAGUCUACCUUGGCGCUUUGAAAUACAUGCCUCACGCCGUUAUGAAGCUAUUAGAAAAUAUGCCAAUGCCAUGGGAACAGAUUCGUGAUGUGAAAGUUCUGUACCAUAUAACUGGUGCCAUAACGUUCGUCAAUGAAAUACCGUGGGUUGUUGAACCUAUCUAUAUUGCACAGUGGGGAACGAUGUGGAUUAUGAUGAGGAGAGAAAAACGUGAUAGGCGACAUUUCAAGAGAAUGAGGUUCCCUCCAUUUGAUGAUGAAGAACCUCCCCUAGAUUAUGCCGAUAACGUCUUGGAUGUUGAACCCUUAGAAGCUAUCCAGAUCGAACUGGAUCCGGAUGAAGAUGGCCCAGUCCACAAAUGGUUUUACGACCAUAAGCCUCUAAUCGGAACCAAACACAUCAAUGGUUCAACUUAUCGGAAGUGGAAUUUGACAUUGCCACAACUAGCAACCCUGUAUAGACUUGCCAAUCAGCUCCUAACAGACUUGGUUGACGAAAAUUACUUCUACCUGUUCGAUUCGAAGUCAUUUUUCACAGCCAAGGCUUUGAACAUGGCAAUACCUGGUGGACCCAAAUUUGAACCGUUAAUCAAGGAUGCAAAUCCUGCGGAUGAAGAUUGGAAUGAAUUCAACGACAUCAACAAAAUUAUCAUCCGGCAACCAAUCCGUACUGAAUACAGAAUAGCAUUUCCUUAUCUGUAUAACAAUCUCCCUCAUUAUGUCCAUUUAUCUUGGUAUCAUGCUCCAAAUGUAGUCUACAUCAAAACUGAGGACCCUGAUUUACCAGCUUUUUACUUUGACCCCUUGAUCAAUCCAAUUGCUCACAGGCAUUCUGUCAAGGUGGUAGAACCUCUGCCAGAUGAUGAGGAAGAAUUUGAGCUCCCUGAAGAAUUCCAACCCUUUUUGCAAGAGACUCCGUUGUACACAGAUAACACAGCCAAUGGAAUCGCUUUGUUAUGGGCUCCAAGGCCUUUCAACACUCGUUCUGGACGUUGCAGGAGAGCCAUCGAUGUUCCUUUGGUGAAAAGUUGGUACAGAGAGCACUGUCCUCCUGGCCAGCCGGUGAAAGUUCGUGUCAGCUAUCAGAAGCUGUUGAAAUACUUUGUCCUUAACGCUUUGAAACACCGUCCCCCUAAACCUCAGAAGAAAAGGUAUCUUUUCCGAUCCUUUAAAGCCACAAAGUUCUUCCAAACAACAUCGUUGGACUGGGUUGAAGCAGGGCUCCAGGUUUGCCGGCAAGGAUACAAUAUGCUGAAUUUGUUGAUUCACCGGAAGAAUCUAAAUUACUUGCAUCUGGAUUACAACUUCAAUUUGAAACCUGUCAAAACGCUUACUACCAAAGAGCGUAAAAAGUCCCGUUUCGGAAAUGCUUUCCAUCUGUGUCGAGAAAUCUUGCGUCUGACCAAGUUGAUAAUUGACUCGCAUGUCCAGUACCGGCUGAAUAACGUUGAUGCAUUCCAGUUGGCUGAUGGUUUGCAGUAUGUCUUUGCCCAUGUGGGUCAGCUAACGGGUAUGUACAGGUACAAGUACAAACUAAUGAGGCAGAUUCGGAUGUGCAAGGACUUGAAACACUUAAUCUACUACAGAUUCAACACGGGUCCAGUUGGCAAGGGACCAGGUUGCGGUAUUUGGGCUCCUGGUUGGCGUGUCUGGCUAUUCUUCAUGCGAGGAAUCACACCACUACUAGAACGAUGGCUUGGAAACCUUCUGUCAAGGCAAUUCGAAGGACGUCACUCAAAAGGAGUCGCUAAGACAGUGACGAAGCAGCGAGUUGAGAGUCAUUUUGAUCUUGAACUGCGAGCCUCUGUGAUGCAUGACAUUGUCGACAUGAUGCCUGAAGGAAUAAAACAGAACAAAGCACGAACCAUCCUCCAGCAUUUGUCUGAAGCGUGGCGGUGUUGGAAAGCUAAUAUACCGUGGAAAGUUCCAGGACUGCCGACCCCCAUCGAAAAUAUGAUCCUGCGUUACGUGAAAAUGAAGGCUGAUUGGUGGACAAACACAGCUCACUACAACCGAGAACGUAUUCGACGUGGUGCAACUGUGGACAAAACGGUCUGCAAGAAGAAUUUGGGGCGUCUUACUCGAUUGUACUUGAAAGCUGAACAAGAGAGACAGCAUAACUACCUGAAGGAUGGACCCUACAUUUCACCAGAAGAAGCUGUUGCAAUCUACACAACAACUGUGCACUGGUUAGAAUCACGGCGCUUCGCUCCAAUCCCGUUCCCGCCUCUCUCAUACAAGCAUGACACGAAACUUCUAAUUUUAGCUCUCGAGAGGCUCAAAGAAGCAUACAGUGUCAAAUCACGCUUGAACCAAAGCCAACGAGAAGAAUUAGGUUUGAUCGAGCAAGCAUACGACAAUCCUCACGAAGCACUGUCUCGUAUCAAGCGUCAUUUGCUGACGCAGAGAGCCUUCAAAGAGGUCGGGAUUGAGUUCAUGGAUCUGUACAGCCAUCUUGUACCAGUAUACGAUGUGGAGCCAUUGGAAAAAAUCACGGAUGCAUAUCUUGACCAAUACCUGUGGUAUGAAGCGGACAAGCGGCGACUGUUCCCACCAUGGGUCAAGCCUGGAGAUACAGAACCCCCUCCACUUCUAGUCUACAAAUGGUGUCAAGGCAUCAACAACCUACACGAUGUCUGGGAUGUUAGUGAGGGUGAAUGUAACGUCCUGCUGGAAUCAAAGUUCGAGAAGAUCUACGAGAAAAUUGAUUUGACCGUGUUGAAUCGACUUUUGCGUCUGAUUGUCGACCACAACAUUGCUGAUUACAUGACAGCCAAGAACAACGUCGUCAUCAACUACAAAGACAUGAACCACACUAACUCCUAUGGUAUCAUACGUGGGCUUCAGUUUGCAUCAUUUAUCGUCCAGUACUAUGGGCUUGUCCUUGAUCUCCUGGUUUUGGGUCUGCAGCGAGCCUCUGAGAUGGCUGGCCCGCCACAAAUGCCCAACGAUUUCCUCACGUUCCAGGAUGUCCAAACGGAAGCGGCCCAUCCUAUAAGGCUGUAUUGUCGCUAUGUUGAAAAAGUCCACAUAUUCUUAAGAUUCACAGCAGAAGAAGCACGAGACCUAAUUCAACGCUAUCUGACAGAGCAUCCGGAUCCAAACAAUGAGAACAUCGUUGGCUAUAACAACAAGAAAUGCUGGCCUCGUGACGCUCGCAUGCGUCUGAUGAAGCAUGAUGUUAAUUUGGGUCGAGCCGUGUUCUGGGACAUCAAGAACCGUCUGCCUCGCUCUACCACCACUAUUCAAUGGGAAAACAGUUUUGUCAGCGUCUACUCGAAAGAUAAUCCCAAUCUCCUCUUCAACAUGAGUGGUUUUGAAUGCAGGAUUCUGCCAAAGUGUCGUACAACGCAUGAUGAAUUUACUCACCGUGAUGGCGUCUGGAAUCUGCAGAAUGAAAUUACAAAAGAGCGUACUGCCCAAUGUUUCUUGCGUGUAGACGAUGAAUCCCUACAGCGCUUCCAUAAUCGAGUGCGUCAAAUUCUCAUGGCUUCUGGUUCAACAACAUUCACGAAGAUUGUGAACAAGUGGAAUACAGCACUAAUUGGGCUCAUGACCUAUUUCCGUGAAGCUGUGGUCAAUACCCAAGAGCUCCUCGACUUGCUUGUCAAAUGUGAAAACAAGAUUCAGACACGUAUCAAAAUUGGUCUCAACUCCAAAAUGCCCUCAAGAUUCCCGCCAGUUGUUUUCUACACCCCUAAAGAACUUGGUGGUUUAGGUAUGUUAUCAAUGGGUCACGUCUUGAUUCCCCAGUCAGACUUGCGUUGGUCAAAACAAACUGAUGUUGGCAUCACCCAUUUCCGAUCAGGUAUGAGCCACGACGAAGAUCAGCUCAUCCCCAAUUUGUACAGAUACAUUCAACCCUGGGAGUCGGAAUUUAUUGAUUCUCAGCGCGUCUGGGCUGAAUAUGCCCUGAAAAGACAAGAAGCAAAUGCCCAGAACAGACGUUUGACACUGGAAGAUCUCGAAGACAGUUGGGACCGUGGUAUCCCAAGAAUCAACACUCUUUUCCAGAAGGACCGACACACCUUGGCCUACGAUAAGGGAUGGAGAAUUAGGACUGAAUUCAAACAGUACCAGGUUCUGAAACAAAAUCCAUUCUGGUGGACCCAUCAGCGGCAUGACGGCAAAUUAUGGAACUUGAACAACUAUCGGACAGACAUGAUCCAGGCCUUGGGAGGUGUUGAAGGUAUUCUGGAGCACACACUCUUCAAAGGAACCUAUUUCCCAACCUGGGAAGGUCUGUUCUGGGAGAAAGCCUCAGGUUUCGAGGAAUCCAUGAAGUACAAAAAGCUGACCAACGCCCAGCGAUCUGGUUUGAAUCAAAUCCCGAACCGUCGAUUCACACUUUGGUGGUCACCAACCAUCAACCGUGCUAAUGUCUACGUUGGUUUCCAAGUCCAGCUUGAUUUGACUGGUAUUUUCAUGCACGGCAAGAUUCCAACGCUCAAGAUUUCCCUGAUCCAGAUUUUCCGAGCCCAUUUGUGGCAGAAGGUCCACGAGUCAAUCGUAAUGGAUUUGUGUCAAGUGUUCGAUCAAGAGCUAGAUGCUCUAGAGAUUGAAACAGUCCAAAAAGAGACAAUUCAUCCCCGUAAAUCAUACAAAAUGAAUUCAUCGUGUGCGGAUAUUUUGUUGUUUGCUGCAUACAAGUGGAACGUCUCUCGACCGUCAUUACUUGCCGACUCAAAGGAUGUUAUGGAUAACACAACCACACAGAAAUAUUGGAUCGAUGUUCAGUUACGAUGGGGAGACUACGAUUCUCACGAUAUUGAGCGUUAUGCCCGCGCCAAGUUUUUGGAUUACACAACUGAUAACAUGUCUAUCUAUCCAUCACCAACUGGAGUUCUCAUUGCGAUCGACCUAGCAUAUAAUUUGCACAGUGCCUAUGGUAACUGGUACCCUGGAUGCAAGCCCCUGAUUCAGCAAGCCAUGGCUAAAAUAAUGAAAGCAAACCCUGCAUUGUAUGUGUUACGUGAACGUAUCCGCAAAGCACUCCAGCUUUAUUCCUCAGAGCCAACAGAGCCUUAUUUAUCCUCACAAAACUAUGGAGAACUCUUCUCAAAUCAGAUCAUCUGGUUUGUAGAUGACACAAAUGUGUAUCGAGUCACUAUUCACAAAACGUUUGAAGGAAAUUUAACGACAAAACCGAUUAAUGGAGCUAUCUUCAUUUUCAACCCUCGCACAGGUCAGUUGUUUUUGAAGAUCAUUCACACAUCUGUCUGGGCUGGCCAGAAACGUUUGGGACAAUUGGCAAAAUGGAAAACAGCAGAAGAAGUGGCUGCCUUAAUUCGUUCUCUACCUGUUGAAGAGCAACCCAAGCAGAUCAUCGUAACCCGUAAAGGAAUGUUGGAUCCAUUGGAAGUGCACUUGCUUGAUUUCCCUAACAUCGUAAUCAAAGGAUCGGAACUACAGUUGCCGUUCCAGGCUUGCCUUAAGGUUGAGAAGUUUGGUGACCUCAUUCUAAAGGCCACCGAGCCGCAAAUGGUGCUGUUUAAUUUGUAUGACGAUUGGCUCAAGACAAUCUCGUCGUACACUGCAUUCUCAAGGCUGAUCUUAAUUCUGAGAGCACUGCAUGUCAACACAGAGCGAACUAAGGUUAUCUUGAAACCGGACAAAACUACGAUCACCGAGCCGCAUCAUAUCUGGCCAACGUUGAACGACGAUGAAUGGAUCAAGGUGGAAGUCCAAUUGAAAGACCUAAUUCUGGCCGACUACGGUAAGAAAAACAACGUAAAUGUUGCCUCUUUGACGCAGUCUGAGAUUCGUGACAUCAUUUUGGGUAUGGAAAUCUCAGCACCAUCUGCUCAACGACAGCAGAUUGCCGAAAUUGAAAAGCAGACCAAAGAACAGUCUCAGCUCACAGCUACAACGACUAGGACUGUCAACAAACAUGGAGAUGAGAUCAUCACGUCAACAACAUCGAACUACGAGACACAGACAUUCAGUUCCAAAACUGAAUGGAGAGUCAGAGCCAUAUCAGCUACGAAUUUGCAUCUGCGUACGAACCACAUCUACGUGUCCUCAGAUGACAUCAAGGAAACUGGCUACACGUACAUUCUCCCCAAGAAUAUUUUGAAGAAGUUCGUCACAAUAUCGGAUCUUCGAGCACAGAUUGCUGGUUAUUUGUAUGGUGUGAGUCCUCCUGACAACCCACAGGUCAAAGAGAUCCGAUGUAUCGUCAUGCCUCCUCAGUGGGGAACACAUCAAACUGUGCAUCUUCCAAAUCAACUACCAUCGCAUCAGUAUCUGAAAGAAAUGGAGCCACUUGGAUGGAUUCACACUCAGCCCAACGAGUUGCCUCAACUUUCACCGCAGGACAUCACAACCCACGCUAAAGUAAUGGCUGACAAUGCAUCUUGGGAUGGAGAGAAAACCGUCGUCAUGACGUGCAGUUUCACACCCGGGUCUUGCUCGUUAACGGCUUAUAAAUUGACGCCAAGUGGUUUUGAAUGGGGUCGACAAAACACAGACAAAGGCAACAAUCCUAAAGGGUACCUUCCGAGUCAUUAUGAGAAAGUCCAGAUGUUGUUGUCUGAUCGAUUCCUUGGAUUUUUCAUGGUACCAGCUCAAGGAUCGUGGAACUAUAAUUUCAUGGGAGUGAGACAUGAACCUGGAAUGAAGUACGAAUUGCAGUUAGCCAAUCCCAAAGAAUUUUACCAUGAAGUUCACCGCCCGGCGCAUUUCCUCAACUUCUCAUCAUUAGAGGAUGGUGAUGGGGUUGGAGCUGACCGCGAAGACAUGUUUGCCUAAAUAAUGUAUUGGUCAGGCUUCAAGCUUCAGCACUUCAAGGUAUUUUCUUCAACUCGCUCAUGUGUAAAUAUUAUCUGUAGCAAUGAAUCAGCGAAUUCAACUUGCGGAAGUAGCAUUUACUGUCUUACAUUUGGCUGCUUUAUCAGUCGAGUGACAAAGCUGUUUUUGUACUUAUUUUAAAAUAAUACUUUGUAAAUAUCAGUUUUAAGAAUAGUACACGUUUUAAAAACUAAGUGUUCCCGAAAGGAGACUCAUUCUCUCACCUGAUCAAUCGUAAAGUUCUAGGAGAAUUUUAAUAAUAGUAGACAAUAUGUUGUUGCUAUAAUGAUCAACAAAAUUGUAUCUGGAGCAAUUUUCUGAUCCUUUAUGCCCACUUGAUGGAAAAUCACCGUCCCAUCAAGCACAUGAACCCCUAUACUGAUUGUAAUUUGUAUCUAUCUUGUAUAAACAACUUCGGAGUUCUAAACUGUGUAUCCUUGCUCUCAGAUUUACAUGAAAUUUCCCUUCGAGCACAGGUAGCUUAAUAAUCCUCAACACUGGAAAUUCUUUCACAACUUGCGCAUCUGACUGUAUCGUGUAAAUAAUUUUAAAUGUAUGCUUUUCUCUCCAUCAAUAUUGAUUUUGACUUUUCACUCUAGUGUUGGAUCAAUUAGCGUUGACAUCAUGCAAGACAUCAGCCACUGAACUACACUAACACUUUUAAACUUUAAGGAAUCACUCACUUGUACAUAUUUUGUUAUACUGUCCAGUUGCCCUAUUUUUCCAGUCAGAAUAAAUUGAUUUUUUUUUUCCAAUUGA